AUGGUCGUAGUUUCGCUGGUUUGUGCCAUCGUCUGUGUGCCUGAAAGCCUUUUCGUCGUGGAGGUUGACACGAAUGAAUUGGUCGGUAGCUUGAAGGAUGCAAUCAAGGAGAAGAAACGAACGAGCAACACUUGCGUUGCCAGUGACCUGCAGCUCUAUCUAGCAAAAGAUAAUAGGACGUGGCUGCCUUAUGACGUUAAUCUGGACGAAUUGCUUCAGACUGAAGGAUUUCUGGAUUAA